AUGAGCGGUCGUUUGGAUCGGGUCCUGCAGUUCCACCUGCGGCUCUACCAGUGGCUCGGUCUCCAUGGACUUCCGCUGCCGGGCGACGCGAAUCCGGCCAGGAUCCGGAAGCAGCUGAUUGCCUGGGCCAUCUUCCUGCUCACCGCGCUGAGUGGCCUGAUAGUGACGUGCCUGUUCAGCGACGAGGAGUUCCUCUAUCGCGGCGACACCUUUGGUGGCGUCAACGAUGGCCUGAAAUACGUGUUCGCCCAGUUGGCCGUGGUGGCCAUCUAUGUGGAAACGAUCGGCAGCCAGCGGCAAUUGGCCAACUUCUGGUGGCUCCACUCGCAGCUGAGCCACAAAGUGGGUGCGAUGAGUUUGCGGAGGGAAAUGCAGCAGUAUCGCCACUAUCUGAUCUCCUUGUACGGAAUGAUUCUGUGCGAACUGCUGUUCCACUUGGGCUUGUGGCUAUACCAGUCAAUGACCCGCCACAUAUUCCUCUUUUGGGUCACCUAUGAGCCGCUCGUGUGCCUCACCUACAUGCGAAACGUUCAGUUCGUCCUGCACAUGGAGCUCCUGAGGGAGCAGCUGGCUGCCCUGGAACGGGAGCUGGGUCUCCUGGCGGAGUAUUCGCGGUUCGCCAGCGAAACGGGAAGGAGUUUUUCCGGAUUCGAGACUUUCCUGCGCCGGAGAUUGCUUCAGAAGCAGCGACUCUACAGCGAAAUAUACGACAUGUUCACAUGUUUCCAGGAGGCCUUCAAGUUCUCCAUUCUCGCCGUUCUGCUCACCAUAAACAUUCGGAUAGCCGUCGAUUGCUACUUCAUGUACUACACCAUCUACAAUAAUAUACUUAAUUUCGAUUACUACUUAAUAUUGCCCGCCUUGCUGGAGAUUCCCGCCUUCAUCUACGCGUCGCAAAGCUGCAUGGUUAUUGUGCCCAGGAUCGCCUACCAACUGCACAGUAUAGUCACCGAUUCCGGCUGCUGCAGUUCCCCCGAUCUCUCCCUGCAGAUUCAAAACUUCUCGCUUCAACUUCUGCAUCAGCCGGUUAGAAUCGAUUGCAUGGGCUUAACCAUAUUGGAUUGCAGUCUGCUUACUCGGAUCGCCUGUUCGGUGGGCACUUACAUGAUCUACACCAUUCAAUUCAUACCGAAAUUGAGUGACAAUCAGUAUUUAUAGACGAGAUAUUUACACAGUUUGUUGUUCUCAAAAC